AUGUUAACAGCUAUAGAUAUAUACAAUGAAGAACUCAUGAAAGCACUAGAGCCUUUUAUGAAAACUGGUUCUUCUUCAUCAAUCUCUGAACAACAAUCACAUGAUUUGAAUCCCAAUUACGUAACCCAAAGAAGCUCUAUUGGUCUCAACCAACUCACCCCAUCACAAAUCCUUCAAAUCCAAAACCAGUUCCAAAUCUCCCAACAACAACAAAAAAGCACUCUCACACAAAAGCCCGUUCCCAUGAAGCACUUUGGAGCUUCCUCAAAACCCACGAAACUCUAUCGUGGAGUUAGACAGCGUCAUUGGGGAAAAUGGGUUGCUGAAAUAAGACUUCCAAAGAACCGCACUCGUCUCUGGUUAGGCACGUUCGAUACCGCAGAGGAAGCAGCUUUUGCUUAUGACAUCGCAGCUUAUAAGCUUAGAGGCGAAUUCGCACGCCUGAACUUUCCUCAUAUGCGCUUCCAUGGAAACUACAAUCCUCUCGCUUCUUCUGUCGAUUCCAAACUCCAAGCUAUUUGUGAAUCCUUAGCUGUUUCUCAUGGGGACACUGAAAAACCAUGCAUCUCUGUUGAAGAUGUAAAGCCUGUUGUUUUUGUACCUACACAAUCCAAGACUGAGUUGGUUUUUCACGAGUUUGAGGAUUUUAAGGUUGAGAAUGAGAAGACAGUGUUGUUGUCUAUGUCUGAUGAAUGUUCACCUGGUUUGUCUUCUCCAGAAUCCGGUGUAACUUUCUUGGAUUUUUCAGAUUCUUGUCGGUGGGAUGAAGUGGAGAAUUCGGGGUUGAAGAAGUACCCUUCUGUUGAAAUUGAUUGGGAAGCAUUAUGA